AUGGUGGCUGCUGCCUAUGAUCCUCCAGACCCCUCUGCUGCCACAGAACAGAUAACCAAAGUGCCAGACUCUGCCAAGCCGGACCCCGCCCCUCCUCUUCCCCCCGUCAACCCCAGUGCCGCCCCGCCUGCACCCCCAAGCAGUGGCAAUGGCAAGCGCGCCCCCUCCGGAGGUCAGCCGCAGACAGCACAGCAGCCCCAGACUCCGCUCCAGCAGCGCUACCCGCCCAGAGAGGUUCCCCCGCGCUUCCGCCAGCAGGAGCACAAGCAGCUGUUAAAGAGGGGCCAGCCUCUUCCCCCGGGGACCCUGCCUCUCACCACGGGACGUCCCGCCACUACUGAACCUGCAGCAGCAUUACCCAUACACUCCUCUCCCUCCUGCUCCUCGUCCUCAACAGCCAGCCUGCCUACAGAACUGCCCCCACAAAGUGGCACGGGAGCCCAGCAUGAUAAUCCCCUUUGGGGACACCUGCCAGCCAACAGGAUUGCCACAAGUGCUGCAUCUUCCACCAAUCUCAGUAGCUGGGAUCAACUGAUCAUUGACCAGAAGGACACAGAGGCUUGGCCUUCUAUUACCCUCAGCCAGAGCCAGGCCCCUCCAGGAGGAUGCCCUUUGGACACUGAUCCUGGUCGCCUGACCAGCAGCAGCAGUAGUACUAGUAGUAGUUGUAGUACAGUGAUUAUGGCCACAGGGGCUAAUAGCCAGGCUGGCCACUUCCCUGCCAACCAACUUAGCAGCAAGGCCAACAGUGGGCCAAGCCCUGCCAAUCAUACUGGAACCAGCAUGCUCUCUAGCCAGGUUGCAGCCAAUCGCAGCUGGGGCUCUGGGGCUGGACCCUCCCAUUGCCCUCCUCAGUCUUCAGUGGGGAGUGAAGGGAAGAGUGACAGCUCAGUAGGAGGAGGAGGCAGCAGGGGCUGGGGCUCUUCUUCAUCAUCUUCCACCAACAACUUUAACUUGAACCUAAACCCUAAUGCCAACCCUUCAGCCUGGCCAAUGCUGGGACAUGAUGGGGGUGGCACAGGGGGAGGCAGCUCAGGGGGAGCCAACAACAUUUCAACUCCUCAACCUACACCCAACCUCUGUAAUCCAUCUGGCCCCCCACCAACCCAGACCAGCACCUGUACUGGAGCCAACACUAACAGCAACUCUUCUGUGAUUGGCAGCGCCUGGGGUAGCAUGAUGACCUCUGAUACAUCAGAGCCACACCCCUCCCCGUCCACAAAUGUGUCUUUCAGUUCAGAACCUCAGAACCUUAAAACUGAUGGACCAAAUCACACUAAUAAACAGGAACCCCCCAGCCCCAUCCGCAAUUUGCCUGGCUGGGGUAGUGCACCUGUAGGCUUAGGUUCCAUGGGCCAGCCCCCAUCAGGGGGCCCACAGGUCAAUGGAGAAGAUGGUAGCUCAGUAUGGGGUAACAGUGGCGACUCAAAGGCACCUUCAUCAAAGGAGGCACCUGGCUGGGACUCAGGCUGGGGCCAUGGAGGAAGUGGAGCAGGAAACUCUGGAGGCUGGGGUGACCAGUCUGGUAGAGGUUGGGGAAAGCAGCACACUGAAGAGACACAGGGGGGCUGGGAUGCCCCUAGCUCUCCUCCCCAGGAUGCACAGGGUAGUCCCUGGAACAGAGCUGUGAGCACAGCUGCUGCCAGUGAAGGUAGCAGUGACAGCAUGGAAGGACAUCCCCGGCAAAGAGACCUUUCAGCCAGAGAUAAUCCAGCUCCUCUGCUGCCUGCCCAGGAUCUGGACCCCAGGGUUUUGUGUAACACUGGCUGGGGACAGACCCCUGUUCGUCAGCAUACCUCUUGGGACAUGGAAAAUGCUAAACGCAAGAAUGAAAGCUCUGAUUCAUGGGGCUCUGGCCCAACCACCCCAAGCACCCCAAGUGACACCCAAGGACCCUCCAACACUAACAUGGGCUCCUCACAGAGGACUGACCCUGGGGGCAAAAAUGAUGUGCCUGCUUCUCAGGGAGCUUCAGGUUGGGGUGGAGGCAUGUCUGCUUCCAACCAGCCUAGCUCUGGUUGGGGAGAGCAACCCAACAACAUUAAACCCCAAAGUGGCCCCAGUGGCUGGGGGAAUCCUCCACCAACAGGCCCCUCUACCAGUAUACCCAAGAAUGGGGGACAGUCCUGGGGAGAGGAAAAGUCUACUGGAUGGGAUGAACCUCAAAUCAAGACACCAUCCCAGGGCUGGAGAGAUCAGCCAAAAGCAUCUCACAGCUGGGGUAGCAGUGGAGGGAGCAAUAAUUCAGGGGACUGGAGAGAGGCAGAAGAGAGCAAAAAGAGUUCCACCAACCCUGGGUGGGAAGGGGAAACAGGAGGCUUGAAGGAGAAUCCUCGAGGUUGGGGAAUGCCUUCUACAGGACCUGGGAUGUCUGGACCUGGAGGGAAUGGGGGAUGGGGUGAGUCUGUCUGCCAGCGCCCCAAUGGCCCUCCCCAAGGCUGGGGGAGCAAGCCUCAGGAUGGGCCCAGUGGAAGCAGUGGAGGAGGGAGCAUGGGCUCCUGGAGCGGCCCAGGCCCAGUAAAGCCGAGCAGUGGCUGGACUGGCAACAAGCAGGAAUCCUCAGCAGAGCCCACAGGCUGGGAGGAGCCCUCUCCACCUUCAAUCAGACGUAAGAUGGAGAUAGAUGAUGGGACAUCAGCUUGGGGGGACCCUGGUACCUACAGCAAAGCAGUCAACUUGUGGGACAGGAACAAUCCAGGUGUUUCCCAGGCCAAAGUCCCCACUGGAGGCAAUAACCCCCCUGGCUCCAAUAACAACCACCCUCCUUCUCACAAUCACAAUUAUCAUGGGCCGCCUGCACCUUUACAGAACCACACCCCCAACUCCCAAAACCCAGGGCCCACCAGUGGACCCAUGGAUCCUGUUGCCCAACAUCAGUCUGGGCCAUCUCACAAUCGGGGUCCCCUGAUAGCUCAAGGUUGGGGAGAGAUAUCCAGCUCCCACAGUAAAUCAGAGAACUCGUGGGGGGAAGCUGCACCCGCUCCAGUCAGCUUGGACAACGGGACGUCUUCCUGGGGCAAGCCUAUAGGCACCUGUGGAGGUUGGGCAGACAACAACCCUGACGGCUAUGGCCGGGGCAACCAGACGAUGCCACCUGCGUCUUGCAAACCUGCACCCAAACCUAUGCAAGAUGGAUGGGGAGGUGGAGGUGAAGAGCUGAACCUGUCGGGGGGUCAGUGGGACGCUGAGGAGGGAGACAUGUGGAACAACACUGCCUCCCAGGAAAGCAACUCCUCCUGCAACUCUUGGGGCAAUGCAUCCAAAAAAGCCCCACAGAAGGUGAAAGUCCCAGUGAAGCAAGAAGAUGCCUGGAUCAUGAAUCGUCUCAUCAAACAGCUGACAGAUAUGGGCUUCCCUAGGGACCCGGCAGAGGAGGCUCUGAAGAGCAACAACAUGAACCUAGACCAGGCCAUGAGCGCUCUGCUGGAGAAGAAGACAGAGCUAGACAAGCGGGGGAUGGGGAUGACCGGUCACGACUACAACAACGGGCUCAUCAACAAGCCCAUGAGCUGCCCACGGCCUCCGCUUCUUUCCAAAGACCCCUCAGCAGACUCCCGCUUGCCCUACAUGGAUAAGCAGAUGCAGAGUGGAAUGUUUGGUGGAGCAGGUGGAGCAGCACAAGCCCGGGCCAUGCAGCAGCCUCAGCCGCCUCCUCAGCCACCAGUGCCGCCUCUCAGUUCCUCUCAGCCUAGUCUACGUGCUCAAGUGCCUCAGUUUCUCUCCCCUCAGGUUCAAGCACAGCUCUUACAGUUUGCAGCAAAAAACAUUGGUCUGAAUCCUGCACUUUUAACCUCACCAAUAAACCCUCAACAUAUGACCCUUCUGAAUCAACUUUACCAGCUGCAACUGGCAUACCAGCGUUUACAAAUUCAGCAGCAGAUGUUGCAGGCGCAACGCAACGUUUCCGGCCCCAUUCGACAACAAGAGCAGCAAGUUGCACGUACAAUCAAUAACAUGCAGCAGCAGAUCCAACAACACCAGCGUCAGCUGGCCCAGGCCCUGCUGAUGAAGCAGCAACAACAGCAGCCGCCCCCCUCCCACUCUGGCCUUCACCCUGGCGGGUCUAAAUCCUCCCUGGAUUCAUUUCCAGGUCACCCCCAGGCUCCAGGCCUCUCUGACCUGCAGACCAAAGAGCCGCAGUCAUCUCCAAACACCUACAGCCCCUACUCUCUCUCUGGACUGAAUCAAAACAUGAAUGUAAACUGCAUGGAGGUGGGGGGUCUGUCGAUGAAGGAACCCCCCCAGCCUCAAUCGCGUCUGUCGCAGUGGACGCAUCCAAACUCAAUCGAGAGCCUCUCUGGAAGCUCCUCUCCUCUAGAGUCCAACCUCGGCAAACAUGGUGCCAACCUGGGGCCCCCUGGCAAGCCUCAUCAGCUGGAGGACUCUUACAGCCCCUACAACCUGAUGUCCAGCUCAGAGUCUCCUACAAGCCCCCUGGUCUCCCAAGACAACUGGGGCCAGAGCAAGAGCAGCAGUGACAAGAUGGCCAACGGGACCAAUAUCAACUGGCCACCAGAGUUUUGCCCCGGUGUGCCCUGGAAGGGUCUCCAGAAUAUCGACCCUGAGAACGACCCCAACAUGACACCUGGCAGCGUCCCCAGCGGGCCCACCAUCAACACCAACAUCCAAGAUGUCAACCGCUACCUGCUACGGGACAGAAGUGGAGGCUCUUCUCCCACUUCAUCUCAGAACGAGGCUCUGCCUCCCUCCUCUGAUUGGCCAGUCAGUGCCUACACUAGCUCGUUCAGUCUGUCGUCCCCGGAGAUGGACGAUGCAGGUAAACUCCCAGAGAUGAAAUCGACAUGGUCUCCAGGCCCCAUCUCUCACAGCCAGGCCCCUCUGUCCCACGAGCUGUGGAAAGUCCCCCAGAGCCACAGGGGCAGUAACGUGGCACCCUCCCGACCCCCGCCCGGUCUCACCAACACCAAGCCUUCAACCUGGGGGGGCAACUCGCUGGGUUUGGCUCAAGGCUGGAGCAGCUCUUACACCUCAGCAGGCACCACGUGGAGCACAGACACCUCCAACAGGACCAGCAGCUGGCUGGUUCUGAGGAACCUCACCCCACAGAUCGAUGGUUCGACUCUGCGUACUCUGUGCAUGCAGCACGGCCCCCUCAUCACAUUCCACCUCAACCUGACGCAGGGCAACGCGGUCGUGCGCUACAGCUCCAAGGACGAAGCUGCCAAGGCUCAGAAGUCCCUGCACAUGUGUGUGCUCGGAAACACCACCAUCCUGGCGGAGUUUGCCGGGGAAGAGGAGGUGAACCGCUUCUUUGCACAGGGCCAGCUGAUGGGCGGGACGACCAGCUGGCAGGCCACUCCAGGCUCCAAUCAGUCGAGGAUGGGCGGGACCGGGUCUGGAGCGUCCCAUCCUAUUGGUCACUCACCCCACUGGAACAACAACAACGGUGGCAGCAGCGGCAGUAGCAGCGGCCUGGGAACAGGCGGAGGAAAGGCGGGCGGUGAGUUGCUGUGGGGGGGCGUGCCACAGUACUCCAGCCUGUGGGGACCCCCGAGUGGAGAGGAGGGACGGGUGGUGGGGAGUCCAACCCCAAUCAAUACGCUGCUGCCUGGGGACCUGCUCAGCGGAGAGUCCAUGUAGGAACAAACCACCAAUAGGAGCGAAAAACUUUGCAAAUCAUUGUGGAGAUAAUCAGUGUGGGUGUGACGGUGGAAAGGAGCGACGCGAGGAGGGACGAGGCUUCACCCUCGCUGCUCAUCCUCGCCCACCUCCUCGACUCCUUUUUUUUUUUUUUGUCAACAUUUCAUUUGCAGUUCGUUCUGUGAAUCUCAGUGAGAGAUUUAGCUCACAGUGUUUGGCUCUCACUCGUGGAGACACAGGAAAAAAAGUCUUUCACUCAACAAAGAAAAGAGAACUUUUUACAGACGUGAACUUUGGAGAACUCGCUGUGUGAAACUUGUACUUAAGUCAAACUGACACGACGAUGAGCUGCCAUCCUGAAACUUGCGUAAUCCCUCUCUGCCUUUUGAGGCAAUCAUACUGCACCUCAGAGACCCAUUAAAAGGCAUCAUUCCCAAAGUUAAAAAAAAAAAAAACCUUCAAUCAGAGUGGUUGUCGAAACUUUCAGCUGGUCCAGACUCAACAUUUGUUUCUCUCAGCACUAAUAUUAGCCUUAACCUCUCUCCUGCCCUGCUGUCCUCACUCACUCUGUACUUGGUGAAGAAGCAUACGGACACUUGCACACCCUUAUUUCUGAGCCAGUGAAACCUGAGUGGAGAUUACAUGCUGCUGCGGAUUUACAUAAACAAACCACAGCUCAUAUUUUCAGUGCAUUUUUGCAAGCAGAUUAAGUUCCCCCACAACACGCUCAAAGGGAAUGAUGCAACUCUGUGUCCAAGCCAUUUGAUUUUUGUAGUGGUUUUUAGUGUUUUUACGUUUUCUUCUUAAACCAUUGCGAGCAAAGCUAAAAAAAAAAAUGUGUCUGUCAAUCUUACCUGGUGGGGUGAGAGUUUUUGGGGGUUUGUCGCGUGAACAUUUUAAAGACGGGAUGGAUGACAAAAAAAAUGAACCACUGCUAUUACUACGGAACUGUAAAAGACAAAUAACUUCAAUGCACCUCACCUCGUCUGCGGGACGCUCGCAGUUUUGGUCUCAGUCUCGGACCCUGUCUCUGAUGUUGUGGAAAACCUCAAAAUGUUUCCCACCAGUGUUGUCAAACACCCCC